UUUCGAGACAUUCGAAAUUGUACUGUACAGAAAGGUGUUUGUUAUGCGGAAUGAAUCAAACUAAGGCGAAUGGGGAAUCCAUGUUAGCCGCCAGGCUGCGCUCCUCAACACAGAGAUACUCCGCCCGUGUAACGCGGCCCUGCCGCGCUACGAGCUACGUACGCUCGUGUAACUAUUCGCACUUGCUGUUUUGUUAUACUACGUGUUAGAUGUGUUCUCCGUAUUAUUCCGAGUAUUGUUUUGUUUGAUGAAGUUAUUAUUGUUUGAAUAAUAUAUUAAUUGAUUAAUUAAUAUUCUCCGUGUCGACUCGUUAUUUCCGUAAUUAUCGAUUACUCCAAGUUCUCGCCGAUAUCAUGGCUGAUAGACAUCGUAGAGAUGAUGAUGACCGUAAGAGCAGACGAGAUGAAGACAGGUAUCACCGGUCUAAAGCCCAGAAACGGUCCAGGUCAGACUCCCGAAGCCGCCACCGACGUCAUCGUUCCAGUGAGGAACGCGAGAUAGAUAUAGAAGCUGAAACGCGACGAAUGAACGAGAUUCAAGCCAACAUUGAACGUCAACGCCAGAGAGACAGAGAAAGGGAAGAAAGUAACCGAAGAAAAGCCCAUAAGUCUGAGUCGUCGAGAUCAAAUCGAGAUCUGGAGUCUGAACGGAGAGGUGGGCCGCAGCAGGCCAACUACUUUAGUCACCGACCAGUUAUCCGACGGAGUGACGGAAAGCCCCAACCGAGACCGCCCUACAACGCCGAAACCCUACCGAGACCGCCCGAUCACAAUUGUUACAAUUGCUCCAACCCAGAUCACUACGAUUUUGAAUGCCCGAAGUGGGAAGAUGGGCCGAGGUGCUUCAGAUGUUCGGAGUGGGGUCACUUUGGAACGACGUGCAAUAAUCCCCGCGUAUUCUACAAACACGAAUUCGCAAAGUACCGAGAUAGUUCCCGAGACAACCGGAUCAGAGAUACAGUUAACGGAGCAGCCCAAUUAAUUAGCGGUGAACGGCAACCGGAGGAUUUUAUGGGUAUACCGAGAUUCGACCGAGACGCGAGAAACGAUAUCGAAGAAAAUCGUCGAAGACAUCAAUCGUCGAGCCGUUACCGGUCACCGAACCGCGACGAACAACAUCGCAGCCGCUCAUCCCCGCCGAGGGAAACCGAUAAGAGUAGCCGGAGCGCAACAGACAGAGAUGCAACCCAAACCGAGAAUCGCCGACAGAGCUCAUCAACGCAUUCGUCAGCCAGCGGUCCAUCACCGCCGCCCGGACGCGGUCGCUCUAUGGCGAGACCGGAGGGAGCGCGACGUCUACGUAAUUUUCCUGCGAUGCUUGUAGAUCCGCACAUCGAAGAGGAAUCGCCGUAUACGUCUUUCCUACUGAUGGAGCUACCGGACAUCGACGUUAAUUCACUCAACGGAACCCAGGCUGGAUUGAUUUACAACCACAUCGCCAAGUGGGAACAGAUGUUAGCCUGGUUCCGAACGUGAGUGGAACUGAGAA